AUGUCUUCAGCAUGCUUCUUUGCUGCAGUUAAAGUCCGCCAGAAGCCAGUGGAAGGACAGAAGACAGUCUCUGACCCCAGUGUGGCUGGAAACAAGCCAGAUAAGGCUGCAGUUAAAGUCCGCCAGAAGCCAGUGGAAGGACAGAAGACAGUCUCUGACCCCAGUGUGGCUGGAAACAAGCCAGAUAAGGCUGCAGUUAAAGUCCGCCAGAAGCCAGUGGAAGGACAGAAGACAGUCUCUGACCCCAGUGUGGCUGGAAACAAGCCAGAUAAGGCUGCAGUUAAAGUCCGCCAGAAGCCAGUGGAAGGACAGAAGACAGUCUCUGACCCCAGUGUGACUGGAAACAAGCCAGAUAAGGCUGCAGUUAAAGUCCGCCAGAAGCCAGUGGAAGGACAGAAGACAGUCUCUGACCCCAGUUUGACUGGAAACAAGCCAGAUAAGGAACUUUUACAGAAAACUGACAUUCUCCCAAGCAAACAUGGCAGUACAAAAAAAUCUAUUAACAAGAAUUAUGGUCCACGCUGGCAAGGAGCAGACCCCUCCAAAAAUAUCUCAGUAAAAAGACUAAAAAUUAAUCCACAGGCCCCAAAAGGUAGCAAAAUGACUGCCUUACUCCAUCCACACCAUUGGCUUAGCAGUGAUGACAUUGAUUUUGCAUCUUACUUGCUUGCAAAUGAGUACCCACACAUCGAUGGCUUUCAGUCAACUCUUUUAUUCAGUGUUUUACAUAAUGGAGGUGUUGUGGGUACUCCAAGCGGGCAGUUUGUACAAAUUCUACACACUGGGGGCAACCACUGGGUAACUGCUAGCAACCUGUUUUGCCCAAAAAAUCAGGUUUGCAUAUACGACAGUCUAUCAACCGUGAUGUACAACAAAGAAAAACAAAUCCUGUCUUGGUUGCUUAGGCCAGUGGAAGACCAAUUUUUGGUUACUUACCCUGUUGUCCAACAACAGUCAAAUUCUAGCAACUGUGGCUUGUUUGCAAUAGCAUUUGCUUUUGUAUUAUGCUGUAACCUGAGGCCAGAAAACUGCCAGUUCCGCGAGGGUAGAUUGAGAGCAGAACUUGUAUCUUCUUUCCAGAAGGGACGAAUGCUUUUCAAAACAGAGCCAAGACUUAACAAGGCAAAAUCCACACAAACACUUGUGAAUGUGUACUGCUUAUGCAGGACUGCACACUGCAAUGAAGUCAUGGUUGAAUGUACUUCAUGCAAGAGGUGGUAUCAUCCGAACUGUGCACAGAUACCCCAAAAUGCAAUUACUGGGGAUGAUGACUGGCACUGCCCCAAUUGUACUGGCAAAAUCUAAGCCAAUGUGGGAAGUAAAAUGUGUGUAUGGGAAGUAUGGUUCAUUACUAUUUACAUUACUAUUUACUAUAUACAUUGCUUUACAUGUUUAAAUUGUUAUUGUUUCAGUAGUAUUUAAAUUGUUUUCAAUUCAUUUUAAUAUAGCCAUGUAAAGUUAAGUUUUGCAAAUGUCAAGUGUGAAGUAAUUUUAUUAGUAAUUUAAGUAUUUUACAAUUUUCAUUAUAUGCACAGU